AUCAUGACGUCAUGUGCCGGGAACAGUUAUUCGACCACCCAAUAAAAACGUGAAUGGGAAAAAAUGAAUAGUGAUACGCUUCACCUGUAGUGUUAAAGUUGCCUCAUACGGACACAAUUUUCAGAUAUAUUUUACACACUUUGAUGAAUUUGGUCUACAACCUAUGUGCGCUUGUGGUCUGCUGGUUACCAGUUGUAAUUUCUCUCUCCCAAUUAUCCGUUGUAAACCAAAGUGUUUUAACCAGACUUCUGGUUUCCUGUAGUGUAGGACUAAGCCGUGUCGACCUCCAUCCACAUGCAAAAUCUUUUUAUUCAACCAUUUCAUUUUGCUCGAGACACACGACGAGAGUGAGCGGUCUUCACUUCAAAUGGCUCUGUCCCUUUAAAUGGAGGGGAGAGAAGGAGAGGGGGGUGUCUGUUACUCAUGGCUUGGCUGCGGUGUUUUUGUCUCGCUGUCAGUGGGAGCUGUUGGCCUUGGAUAUCAGAAGGGACUGCGAGGUGAGGGAGCAGGAGACCCAGAGGCCCAAAAUUAGAAGCCCAGAGAGGAGAGGAGACACUGGGGGGAGGAGAGAAACAGAAGCCCAGAGAGGAGAGGAGACACUGGGGGGAGGAGAGAAACAGAAGCCCAGAGAGAAGAAGAGGAGGAGAGACUGGGGGAGGGAGAGACCUUCCCGGCACUGCUGUGAGCUGAACCGUGGGGUAACGUGAGACUGCAGCCACGGGCGAAUCAUGGCUCAGGUGCUGCAUAUGGACACCAGCUUCCCAGGGAAGCUCAACCCCCCUGCGCCCGCUUCCCUGCACGGAAAGGAGUCGGACCCAGCAGCAGCAGCAGGGGGGGCGGCGCCCUACUCGGUGGAGACCCCCUACGGCUACCGUCUGGACCUGGACUUCCUCAAGUACGUCAACGACAUCGAGAAGGGCAACACCAUCAAGCGCGUGCCCAUCCAGCGCCGGCCCCGCUACGGCUCGCUGCCGCGCGGCUACGGCUACACGGGCUCCUGGUGGACCUCCACCGAGUCGCUGUGCUCCAACGCUAGCGUGGACAGCCGACACUCCUCCUUCUCCUACUGCGCGCCGGGCUACCACCACCCCCACCAGCACCCCUCCUCCUCUGGUUCCCAUGGCGGCCACCACCACCACCUGUCCUCAGCCUCGGCCGCCGCCACCAUGCAGAGGCCCAGCUUCAGCGCGGCCCGCGUGGAGAAGACCCUGCUGGACGCACGCCGCAAGCUGGAGGAGGAGAAGGAUGGGGGCGGGAGCCGGCGCUUCUCCAACCUGGGCAGCAUGCACAGCAGCGUGGCCGGCUCCACCUGCUCCCUGUCCAGCGCGCACAGCUACAACCGCUCCCACGCUGCAGGAGGAGGAGGAGGAGGAGCUGGAGGAGGAGGAGGAGGAGGUGGCGGAGGCUCCUACACUCCCAUGAGCUCAGGGUUGUCCACGCCCGUCUCCCCGACCCCGGCACACCUCCAGCACGUACGGGAGCAGAUGGCAGCGGCCCUGCGGAAGAUCAGAGAGCUGGAGGACCAGGUCAAGACCAUUCCCGUGCUGCAGGUCAAGAUCUCGGUGCUGCAGGAGGAGAAGCGUCAGCUGAGCGUGCAGCUGAAGAGCCAGAAGUUCCUGGGCCACACGCUGGGCUUCAGCGGGGGCAGCGUUGGAGGAGGAGGCCCCCGGGGAGGGAGGCCGCGCGGGGAGCUGUACAUCGACAUCCCUGAGGAGGACACUACAGCCACCGGAGAGACCACCAUCACCACCACCACCACCACCGUCACAUCACCAACCGGCAGUAGCAGCAGCAGCAGCAGGGGGGCUUUGUCCCCUACGUCCCCGCCACCACAGCAGCCGCAGGACUCCGGCUGCGAGAUCGAGGACACGGUGAUCGUCGGCGGGGCGAGGCCGGGAGCGCGCAGGGAGGUGCGCACCAUCGGGGUCGGGCCCGAGGAGGAGGAUGCAGCGGCGGCGGCAGCGGAGGAGAAGAAGACGAAAAAGGAGGCGCAGGAGCAGAAGGAGGAGGAGGAGAUCAUCAGCUACAGGCAGGUGGGCGUCGGGGUGUGCGAGGAGGACCUGGGCCUGCCGCCCGAGACCGCGUCCCUGAAGACCCAGGUGGGGCGUCUGGAGGCGCAGCUGAAGAAGGCCAUGGAGGAGCUGCAGAGCGCCCAGGAGCAGGCCGAGGCUGCCCAGAGGGAGAGGGAGAGGCAGGCCCACUCACAACCACAACCACCACCAGCACCAGCACCAGCAGCACCGUCCCAGCCCCAGGCAGAGCACCCUGUCAGGGCCACCAGUGUAGGCUGGCAGGAGCAGCCGGUUCCUCAGCAGGGGGGUGGUGGCAGGGUCGGGGGAGGGGGAGGAGGCGGCUCCUGCCUGCAGACGGUGGUCAGCUUUACCCAGCAGCCCCGGCAGCGAGAGCAGAGGACUGUGGGUAUCCAGGUGUACACGCUGGAGCAGCCCAUGCUGGUGCGGGCGCAGGGGGGCGUGGUCUCGGGAGCGGGCGUCAUCGAGGGCCCGUACAGGGGCCAGGCGGAGGCCCCCAGCUUAGAUGAAGGGCCUCGAGAGCUGCCCAUUGCAAUCAGCUCCAUGCAAGUCCGAGAGGUCCUUCAGCGGAGCGAGGUGUCCUCUUCAGUGCCUGUCACCAGCCCUGUGGUUGUCAUAGAGACCGAGUGCCAUCAGGUGACCUCCUUGAGUCAGGGGUCAAGUGAAUCAGAGCCUUGUCAACACGUCACCGUGGAGACCAUCCAGGCACAGGAGUCUACCAAGCCAGCCUCUCCCCAGUCCUCACUGAGGUCCAUCAUGAAGCGCAAGGCAGAUGGGGAACCCGGCUCUCCCACCACUAAAAAGAAUCUGCAGUUUAUUGGGGUCAAUGGAGGGUAUGAAUCCACAUCGUCAGAGGAGAGCAGCAGUGAGAGUUCAGAUGAGGAGAGCGAUACGAGUGAAUACCACGAGGCUCCAGAGAAACCUGCGGAGUCCGCCACGGCCCCACCCACGGCCCAGCCCACAACCCAACCCCCUCCUCCUCCCCCAAAGCCCGCUCGCUCCCCUGAAAUCACAGCACAGCUCCGCGCUGCACAGCAGUCAGCCAAUGAGACACUAGCUCUUCAGAGCGCCAGCCAAUCACCUGCCACGGAAGCAGCCCCCUUACAGGUCGUUAGCCAACCAGCAGCCACAGCUGAGGCCACGGAAACCAGUGCCACUCAGACUCCAGCCACUGCCCCUGUGCCACCUCAAGCCAGCAGCAGCAGCUCCUUGGAGCAGACCAACGCCAAUCAGGAGGUAGUCCCGCCCACUGAACAAGCCGCCGUCCAACCAGCAUCCUCUUCCCCUCCGGUCUCGGAACAGACUGCCCCUCAACAGGCCGCACCGACUGCCACUGUCACUGCCCAGUCAGUGGUCCAGAGCACUGCGACUGAAACCACUGCCCCCACCCCUCAGCAGCAAGCUAGCCAAUCACAAACCACUGACCUUACUCCUCAGCAGGGAGCCAACCAAUCACCAGCCACUGAUUCCAGCUCCCAGCAACCCACUAGCCAAUCCCCAGCCGAGGAGCCAACCUAUGAGAAUGUACGGCCCAUGGCACCUGCCCGUCAGGAAACCAAACUGGAACUUAGCGAGAGCUUGAUGUCAGCACUUCACACUCUACAAAAGGCUCUCGGAGAACCAAAUGCCUUCAGCCAGCAGGGGGCGCGGACGGCCUACACGACGGUGCUGCAGGAGUGGUUGCGCGUGUCCUGCCACAAGGGGGCAGACACGGGCGUGGUGCGGGCCCACAUGGACUCCUUCGCCGCCGUCUCGCCGCAGCUGCUGGAGUUCGUCAUCAACAUGGCCGACGGCAACGGCAACACCGCGCUGCACUACACUGUGUCUCACUCCAACUUCCCCGUCGUUAAACUACUGCUAGACACCGGCCUGUGCAACGCAGACAAGCAGAACAAGGCGGGCUACACAGCCAUCAUGCUGACAGCCCUGGCAGCCUUCAGCUCAGACAGCGACCUGCAGACCGUGCUGCAGCUCCUGCGCACCGGGGAUGUCAACGCUAAGGCUAGCCAGGCAGGGCAGACGGCUCUGAUGUUGGCGGUGAGCCACGGGCGUGGGGACAUGGUGCGGGCGCUGCUGUCCUGCGGUGCCCAGGUCAACCUGCGGGACGACGACGGCUCCACGGCCCUCAUGUGUGCCUGCGAGCACGGCCACGUGGACAUCGUGCGGCAGCUGCUUUCCGUGCCCGGAUGUGACGCCACGCUCACUGAUAACGAUGGCAGCACAGCUCUCUCCAUAGCUCUGGAGGCCAGCCAGAAUGACAUCGCCGUGCUCCUCUACGCACACCUCAACUUUGCAAAGCCCCCGUCUCCUGUGUCUCCAAAGUCCCCUCUGCUGGGCUCAUCGCCCCCUACGGUUUAAAUGAAGGAACUGCAGCCUACAGAAGAGAAUGGAUUUAGUGUAUUUAACACAGCUUCCACCACCAUUUCCACAGACAUUCCUCUACAAUCAUGUGUGUGUGUGUGUAUGAGUGUAAGUGUGUUUGUGUGUGUAUGUGUGCCCUCCCCCUCUGUCUCUAUGUGCAAUGUAGGAGCACUUGCAUUUCUGCAUCUCCCACAGGCGUGUCUGUGCGUGCACAUCAUCAUAUAGUAUUUUGAGUGAUAUUGCAUUGUCUGCAGGACCUACUAUGUUAUAGCAGUGUGUGCACAUAUGCAAGAAGGCACUUGACACAAUGCACACAAGUCCUUUGAACAAGUCUUUUUUUGUUUGUGGUGUCAGUUAUUAAGGUUCUCAGAGUAAUCACUUUGUGUGGACACAUUCCCUCGUGUUUGCAAGUGUUGGCAAUAACAGUAAAAACAGGUUAGAACUCAUUCUACCACACCGUCUACUCAAUAAUAUUAGCACCCAAACUUUUUUCUGUUUCUUGUCUGUUUCAGACAGGAGACUGGAAGAGGUGUAUUUCAAAGUGUGUUAGACUUAACUAAUUUCCAUCCUAGUUAUUAUACAGUAUCAGACUAUUCUAUUUGUAUCAAUAAGUAUGUUUUACAGAGCCUUUUUCACCAAUCAUUCUCAUGUCAUUGUUCUUGGAAACAUUACUUCACUGUCCUUUCGGGAAAUUUAUGCUUUAGUUGUCGAAUCAGAAAUCAAAGUGUCCUUCUGAAAAAUGCAACUGCCUUUCCAAACUGCCGUCCGAAAUUACUCAGAUAAGCAAACAUACGAGAAUCUAGCCAUUCCAGCACAAUCACUACCUACAAACAAAGGACCUUUAUUUUUUAACACUUUCUUUGUACUGUUUUGAUAGUAUUGUAAGCCAUUUUGAAAAAGUAAAAAUUUUAGGAACAACACAUCUUGAAUCCUUUCCGAGCACACGGAAUCACAUAGCACACAAAGCCUUUACCGAACAGCAACCUAUAGAGGAAUCUGCUAGUGGACAACUGUAGUCUGUCCACAAGACCCAGAUAGAGUCAGUGUUGCCAUGGUUAUCACAGAACCAGGACGGAACACAUGCAUGAAUAUUAUCAGACAGGUGUAAAUAUACCAAAAACUGAAUGGAGUCAUUUAUGUCACUAGGUUUUAUACAGACAAUUUGUGAAACGCACAGUGUAGUGUAGACCUAUACGGUAUACAAUAUACAUACUUUCAGCUGAGAUAGACAAGGUAGCCUAUCUGCUAGUCAGUCGAGAGACAGAGAGGCAGACCGUCCAUUUCCCCAGUAUUCAAAAAAACUUCCCCUGGAUCACUUAGUAAAUAAAAUGUUACUGUAGGCCUUCCAAAGAUCAAUGUGGUGUUUGUAUUUCUGUACAAACAAAAUAAUGUAAUGGACGAAAAAAUUUUAAACUUUUAAAAUGUAUCUAGCCUAUACCAGACAAAUCAUGUUAAAUUCACCUGGCAAUAGUAAGUCUGUGACAACUCAUUAAGGUACUGAAGUAUGAGGAAGAGAAGAGGGCUAUGAAGGGCUUUUUGUGGGUUGACUUUUGAAAUGGAUAUUGUUUUUGGGGUUUGAGAUUGGGUGGGGUUUGGUGUUAUUGUUUGGUACUGGUGUGGCUUUUUGGGGCCCCCUGUUAUAAUUUUGGCAGCUCGUUGGUCAUCUAUGAGGUGAGAAAUACUGGAGCCAGAACGUGUUAACAAAAGCUUAGAACUUAAAAUCAUUAAAGAAUGUGACAGUACAAAGACACUUCAAGUAUACCAAAAGAGAACAGAGUGGAGUAAUAUAUGUCAUCAUCAGAAUGUAUGAUGAAGAAAAAGAACUAAUCACAAAUUAGGAGAUAAAUAUUUCAGUUUUGUGUGCACUCAACAACACAUUGUCAGAAUCUUCUGGUGGCUGACAUGUAGAGAAAAGCGUAGCAGAGGAAUGAAAAUUGUGUCUAGGUUUUUUGUUAACACACCUAGAUUUUUUCACAUACCGUUAUAUUUUGGACUAAUUGAGUUUUGUAUCAUUUUUUCUACAUGUUUUCUGUUUUUUGACUUUAUAUCUUUAUAUACGUAAUAUCUCUCCACAACUCUGUAUGUUUAUAUAAGUCAUAUUUGCCUUGUUCUUUAUCCAUACUUACUCACUUUAUAUGUUUUGUUUGGUUCAUAUGUUUUUUGAAAAUAAACCUAGACCAUUAGAA